AUGAUCGGGGCUUUCCUGAUGGCUAGUUCCUUUCCCUUUGCCCAGCUUGUGGUAUCACGAGUUAUCCUAGGUCUGGGCACUGGUGGCCAACUAGCCACUGUGCCUAUCUGGCAAUCGGAGAUAUCACCGGCUAGCAAGCGUGGUGCGCAUGUUGGGACCACGGGCAUCUUCGCCGCUCUAGGUCUUACGCUGGCAUUGCUCGUCGAUCUUGGGAUGUCAUAUGCCCCCAACAGUGCAAGCUGGCGUGUUCCAGUUGGACUGCCUAUCAUACUUUGCAUAAUUGUGAUUGUAUUUACUUCACAUAUGCCCGAGUCACCCCGUUGGCUGGUCCAGCAGGGUCAAGUGUCUGCUGCUCGUGAGGUAUUGGCAGCCUUGAGGGACACUGAAAUUGAUAGUGAGAUUGUUAAGAAGGAGAUACUCGACGUGGAAUCCUCGUUAGCUAUCGCUGGUAAAGGGUCUCUACGCCAGAUCUUCCAGAUGGGUCAUCAAAGAAUCUUUCAUCGCGCAUCUCUUGCGACUGGAGGAUUGGUCUUGUUACAACUGACAGGUGUCAACUCUAUCACGUUCUACAAUCCACCAGGUACGACGAUUUUCCAAACCAACCUUCACCUUGACUCGACAAUAUCAAGGAUUUUAGCUGUAAUUUAUCAGUUAUCCGGUGUCUUGGGUGGCAUUGUCUGCGUGUUCAGUAUAGAGGGGCUUGGUCGUCGUUUCUUAUGGUUGUCAAGUGCAACGGCCAACACAAUUGCCAUGGUCCUUGUGGCUGCACUUAGUUCUCAGUCGACAAACACCAUUGCCAUGCACGCCGCUGUGGUCUUUAUGUUUAUCUUCCAUUUCAGCAUGAUUGUCGGUUUUGGUGGGAUACCGUUUCUCUACGCAUCCGAAGUGGCACCUCUCAGUCUGCGUACCACUAUCAACGGUAUCGGGUCUAGUAUAUAUUGGGCUCUGAGCGUUUUGAUUGCCGAGGUCACACCAAUUGCCUUCAAUGCUAUCGGAUGGAAAUACUUUCUCAUCUUUGCCUGUCUGAACUGCGCGAUGAUACCGGUUGUUUAUCUCUUUUUCCCCGAAACCGCAGGCCUGUCGCUGGAAGAUGUAGAUGAGGUUUUUAUUAUGUCUAAAGGUUGGUUAGACCCUGUUCGUGUGGCUAAGCAAUUGCCCAAGAAAUUAAAUGGUCGCCAGCCUGAGGGGGAUUGUCCUUUGGAGAACAACAACAAUGGAGAGCCGAAGGUUUGA